AUGCGCCUGGUCCUCGCGACGACUGUCUAUGCCCUCAUCAUUAUCAACAAGGCCGGUGGUCUCGUGUAUAACAAGACCUUCCAUGAAGGCGGCCUCAACCAGCUAACGACGAACGACUACCUCGUCCUCGCUGGCACAUUCCACGGUCCCUUCAAGGAAGGUGCGCCGCCGCCGGGGCCCAACGGGGUCGCCUCGCGCCCGGAACCUUCGUCCGGGCUCGAGGUCCUUGAGACCGAAAAUUUCCGCAUGCAGUGCUUCAACACGCUCACGGGAACCAAGUUCCUGCUCUUCAGCGAGACUACGCAGGCCAACGUCGAUCUGACCAUACGGCGCAUCUACGAGCUGUACUGCGACUACGUCAUGAAAAAUCCCUUUUACCAACUAGAGAUGCCGGUUAGGUGCGAUGCUUUCGACAGGAAACUUUUGUCGUACAUCCGGGAGAUCAAUAGCAGAUAG